GUCCUUAGGACCCUGUGAGUAAAGAGCCACCAUGACUGAUGUGAUGAUCAACAGCAGUAAGGCUUCUGCUGAAGAAAUGGGUCUUAAACAUGAUGACAACAGGCUGCCCUUCCAGAUCUUCCCUGAUCCCUGUGAUUCCUACGAAGGUCAGUGCAAACUCAAGGACCGCCUGCCAUCCAUCGUGGUGGAACCAACUGAUGUGAGUGAGGUGGAGAGCGGGGAGCUGCGCUGGCCCCCAGAGGAGUUUCUCAUGGCAGAGCAGGGAGGCGAGGGAGAGGGUCUGGUCCCCCAGGCUGGGGAGAGGGUCCAGGCUGAUACAGAGCCAGUAACUGGGGAGGUGAAGACCCAGGAGAAUAUGGAGCCAGGACAGAGUCUGAGCUCUGACACCCAACUGCCCAGCUCUGCACUCAUCCAACCUGGUCAGACUUUGGCAAAAUGAACUCAAUUCGUGGUCUAUUUGGUCGAGCUUCGGAGAAUUUUUAUACAGCACAGGCCUGUUCAUCUGCAAUGGGCCCACCUACCCCACCCCCAACUUGUCUGUCUGUAAUCGGCAGCCCCCCACCCCCCUCCCCCGGAGCAGGACUCCAAUGAAGCUUUUCCAGUUGAAGACAGCUCCUCCAGUUGCUGAGAGAGCAGUCCUCACAGCCGGAUGUCCUUUACAAAGGGUGAGAUGAAGCUUCAAUUUUGUAUGUUGUUUUUGAGUUUCAUUUUGAUUCGAUGUAAAACUCGAUCUUUGAUUAUCAUCUUCCAGUGUGACAGGAUUAGUUACAAUAUUUUAAAACUGUCCAGGAACGGGCCCUUUGGGCCAUGAUGAUUUUAACCGGAAGAAUCUUACUUUUGUUUUUAUUGAAGUUACUUUUUUUUUGCUGUGCAGUCUGGGUGUUUCACACACUCUCUGAUCAACACUGAGUUAGAGCACUGUGGUUAGUUAGAGGCUUCAGCUUCCACCACUGCUACUUUCAGACACAUUCUUUGCUCAGCCUAAACAAGCCCAGCCAUUGGGGAGCUGCUGGCACCACACACCCUUCCUAAAACCACAUACCCGUCCUCCCCAAAUUUCCCAUAGAAUCCUUCUUGUGGCUACCAACUCUCAGAGAUGUGGCAGUUAGCAUGACAGGUUUCAGCUGUAAAUCCCAUCCUUGUGGCUGCUGUCUUUCACUCCUUAUUGUAAAGUCAAUCGGUUUCCAUUAAGAAGGAAGCUCAGCAUUCAGGAAACCUCCACAUGCCAUUGCCUUGCCCUCUGCUCCCAGUCUCCUCUCCUGCUCUCACAAGCAUAUGUUAUCAGACCUGCUGAGCAUCACCAGCAUUUUCUAUUUUUAUUCCAGUUUCCAACAUCCGUAGAAUUUUACCUCAACACCACGUCUCCCAAACUUCAGAAUUUUUCACCAAUUUGCAUUCCAUUUGUUUCUGUUCAGUGUGGCGGGGGGGGGCGUGGAUUCUGAAAAGGGGUCAUUAUGUUGAAGAGAGAAUGAAAGUAUUUUGAUGUGUCUGCUGCCACAUCUGCACCCAGAGUUUGUAUAUAGUUUUACUGGUGAUUUCAUUAUCUUCCCCUUUGCUUUCUCUUCUCCGACCGUCCCACCCCCUCAUCAGUAUUGUCAUGCCACAGUUUUGCUGUAAAGUUAAUGAUUUAAUAAAGUUCUUUGUUGUUGGUUUUUACUCAAAA